AUGAUAGAUGAGACCAGACAUUCAGGUGCUGCUGGGGCUUUCUUUCAUCUUGUUUGUACGCUAAAUUCACACUCCUACUCUCUCUCUGCCCCCUCCAAUUCCGAUCAUAUUCCCCCAACCUUUCUCUUCAAAUCCAUAUCUUAAUUCCAUGUACAAACCUGUUAUUGAUCGAUAAUGGAGGAAAUGUACGGAUUAAUGAAUUACCAUGAGCAAAUUCCGCCGGCAGAAACGGCGAGAGAGAAUUACCAUCACGCUUUUGAUGAUCAGGCACCGGACGUUCGCCAUCAACGGACUAUUCCGGCAGUGUUUGGAUCAGGCUCCAAUAUUCAAACUAGUAGUAGCAAUAAGAAUAAUAACAACGGAUUAGCUGAAGAAUUAGAUGAAGAUUUGUCAAGCGCUAAUCGAGCCAAGAUCAUGUCGCAUCCUCUAUAUCCUAAGCUGCUCCAAGCUUACAUCUCUUGCCAAAAGGUUGGAGCUCCACCAGAUAUCGCGAACCUGUUUGAUGAAAUUUUCAGCGAUAAUGAUUUCUGCCGGAGAUCCAGCGCCUGUUCAUGUCUGGGCGAUGAUCCCGAGCUCGACGAAUUCAUGGAAACUUACUGUGAGAUGCUGGAUAAGUACAGAUCGGAUCUGGCAAGACCUUUCGAUGAAGCAACCACGUUUUUGAACAAUAUGCAAACUCAACUCACCAAUCUCUGCAAGGGAACUUCUAUAACCUACCACACAGAUGAAAGCGCAGAGAGAUCAGAGGAAGAUUUAAGUAGGGGGGAGUCGGAAGUGCCAAAAUCCAACUGGACAAAUGAAGAUCGAGCUCUGAAAGAAAAACUUUUACGUAAAUACAGCAAAUAUAUAAGUUCCCUCAAGCAUGAAUUCUCCAACAAGAAAAAGAAAGGGAAAUUACCCAAAGAAGCAAGACAAGUACUCCUUGAUUGGUGGAACGUUCACUAUAGAUGGCCUUAUCCAACUGAAGCAGACAAGAUUGCGUUAGCGGAAUCAACAGGGUUGGAUCAAAAACAGAUAAACAAUUGGUUCAUAAAUCAAAGGAAACGCCAUUGGAAACCAUCAGAGAAUAUGCAGUUUGCAGUGAUGGAUAGUUUGUGUGGGUCGUUCCUCGUCAACAAUUGAGGUGGUUACUCUUCCGACUUUUAUUAUUAUAUAUUUUGUAUAAUAAUAUUAUGAAUAAUC